AUGUACUCUCCUCAAAACCAAGACGUAAACCACUGGAUCAUGCCCGCCUUCAUCUCCGUACUGACCUUCUUCAUCUUUUCCGUGGUCGCCAACUUCCUGCUCUGUAUGCGGUUGGAAUCCCGCCGCAGCAACAGCAACAACAGCCCGGACGAGGAGCGAGGUGCCGAGCCCAGGGACGCCGCGGGCCGGCCGUUCUCGGCCUUGCAGUCUCCGCCGGUGCCGGUGAGAAUUCAUCUGAAUGCCAUUAACCCGUGGAGGGGAGGGCAUGAGGAGGAGGAGCAAGUGGCACCGGCCGAUCGUGAAUCGGCGCCGGUCAAUCGUGAGCCGGCACCAGUCGAUCGCGAGCCGGCACCGCGGGACGGGAGCUCUCAAGAUACGCUGGUCGAAGUGCCGCUGGAUGAUGGACAAGAGAGAGGUCAAGCCCGAGCGUGGUGGCGGCAGUGA